AACAAAAAAAUACUUCAAACAAGAAUACCGUACGAGCCCUAACCACAGUUUGUAUUUUGAAGCUUUCAUUGCAGACAUAAGGAGGAAGGGGGAGCUGGCUGGAGUGUAUUAUCCCUCAGAUGUUAGGCUGAGUUUGGAUCUUAAGUUUAAAAGGACUAUUUUAUUCAAAAAUGGUUUUUCAAAAUUAGGCACAAGCAUAUUUACUGUUUACGAAGCUGCUUCUCAGGAAGGCUGGGUGUUCCUUAUGUACCGAGCAAUCGACAGCUUUCCCCGAUGGCGUUCAUAUUUCUAUUUCAUCACCUUAAUUUUCUUUCUGGCCUGGCUUGUUAAGAAUGUUUUCAUUGCAGUCAUCAUUGAAACGUUUGCAGAAAUUAGAGUGCAGUUCCAGCAGAUGUGGGGGUCCAGGAGCAGUACAACUUCAACUGCUACCACCCAGAUGUUUCAUGAAGAUGCUGCUGGAGGUUGGCAGCUUGUGGCUGUUGAUGUGAAUAAACCCCAGGGCAGAGCUCCUGCAUGUCUACAGAAAAUGAUGAGGUCAUCCGUGUUUCAUAUGUUCAUACUAAGCAUGGUGGCUGUAGAUGUGAUUGUUGCUGCUAGUAACUACUACAAAGGAGAAAAUUUUAAGAGACAAUAUGAUGAAUUUUACCUAGCUGAGGUUGCUUUUACAGUUCUGUUUGAUUUAGAAGCUCUCCUGAAGAUCUGGUGUUUGGGUUUCACAGGAUACAUCAGCUCAUCGCUCCACAAGUUUGAGUUGUUGCUUGUAGUUGGAACCACUCUUCAUAUUUAUCCAGACCUCUAUCACUCUCAAUUUACAUAUUUUCAGGUCCUUAGAGUAGUUCGACUGAUAAAGAUUUCUCCUGCUUUGGAGGAUUUUGUGUAUAAGAUAUUUGGACCAGGAAAAAAACUUGGCAGUUUGGUGGUAUUUACUGCCAGCCUUUUAAUUGUAAUGUCAGCAAUCAGUUUGCAGAUGUUUUGCUUUGUGGAAGAACUGGAUAGAUUUACAACCUUUCCACGGGCAUUCAUGUCAAUGUUUCAGAUUCUCACACAGGAAGGAUGGGUAGAUGUCAUGGAUCAGACACUGAAUGCUGUAGGACAUAUGUGGGCACCAGUAGUUGCCAUUUAUUUUAUAUUAUAUCAUCUUUUUGCUACUCUGAUUCUACUCAGCUUGUUUGUUGCUGUUAUUUUGGACAACCUGGAACUUGAUGAAGAUCUGAAGAAACUUAAACAAUUAAAACAAAGUGAAGCAAAUGCAGAUACAAAGGAGAAGCUGCCAUUGCGUCUUCGCAUCUUUGAAAAAUUUCCAAACAGGCCACAAAUGGUGAAAAUCUCCAAGCUUCCUUCAGAUUUCACAGUUCCAAAAAUAAGGGAAAGUUUUAUGAAGCAGUUUAUUGAUCGCCAGCAACAAGAUACCAGCUGUUUGCUACGAAGACUUCCUUCAGCAUCAUCUUCCUCAUGUGACCACUCUAAAAGAUCAGCAAUUGAAGAAAACAAAUACAUUGAUCAAAAGCUCCGUAAAUCUGUUUUCAGCAUCAGAGCAAGAAACCUUCUGGAAAAAGAGACAGCAAUCAAUAAAAUUCUAAGCAAGAAGCCUCUAUAUAGAAGUCAGUCCCCAGAACUUUCCAUUGUCUAUGCUGGGAAAAAACUGGAUUGUCAUUUUAAUGGAGUUAGGGCCUGUACUAGACAACGCAUGCUGAGUGGAUCCUUUGAGGGGCAGCCUGCAAAGGAAAGGUCAAUACUUAGUGUCCAGCAUCAUAUACGACAAGAACGCAGGUCACUGAGACAUGGUUCCAACAGCCAGCGAAUCAGCAGAGGAAAAUCUCUUGAAACGUUGACUCAAGAUCACUCCAACACAGUGAGAUACAGAAAUGCACAGAGAGAAGACAGUGAGAUAAAGAUGAUCCAAGAAAAAAAAGAACAAGCUGAAAUGAAAAGGAAAGUCCAGGAAGAGGAGCUGCGAGAGAAUCACCCAUAUUUUGAUAAACCACUUUUCAUAGUUGGUCGUGAGCACAGAUUCAGGAAUUUCUGCCGAGUGGUGGUGCGAGCUCGCUUUAAUGCUUCUAAAACAGAUCCUGUUACUGGAGCUGUGAAAAAUACCAAAUACCAUCAGCUUUAUGACUUGCUGGGUUUGGUUACUUACCUGGACUGGGUCAUGAUCAUUGUUACGAUAUGCUCCUGCAUUUCCAUGAUGUUCGAGUCCCCCUUUAGAAGAGUUAUGCAUGCUCCAACACUCCAGAUUGCUGAAUAUGUUUUUGUAAUAUUCAUGAGCAUCGAGCUUAAUCUGAAGAUUAUGGCAGAUGGCUUGUUUUUCACACCAACAGCUGUCAUUAGGGACUUUGGAGGAGUUAUGGACAUAUUUAUAUAUCUUGUAAGUUUGAUAUUCCUGUGCUGGAUGCCUCAGAACGUCCCUGCCAAAUCAGGAGCUCAGCUCUUAAUGGUACUCCGCUGCCUCCGACCUCUUCGAAUUUUCAAACUGGUCCCUCAGAUGAGGAAAGUGGUGCGAGAGCUGUUUAGUGGCUUUAAGGAAAUCUUUUUGGUUUCUAUUCUUUUGCUGACAUUAAUGCUUGUUUUCGCAAGCUUUGGAGUGCAGCUAUUUGCUGGAAAACUGGCUAAAUGCAAUGAUCCGCACAUCAUCUCUAGGGAAGAUUGUCAUGGCAUCUUCAGAAUAAAUGUAAGUGUUUCCAAAAAUCUCAAUUUAAAGCUAAGACCUGGAGAGAAAAAGCCUGGAUUUUGGGUGCCACGAGUCUGGGCAAAUCCUCGGAAUUUUAAUUUCGACAAUGUGGGGAACGCAAUGCUGGCACUAUUCGAAGUUCUUUCAUUAAAAGGCUGGGUGGAAGUCAGAGAUGUUAUUAUUCAUCGUGUUGGGCCGAUCCAUGGAAUCUACAUUCAUGUUUUCGUAUUCCUUGGCUGCAUGAUUGGACUGACCCUUUUUGUUGGAGUUGUCAUCGCUAAUUUCAAUGAAAACAAGGGGACAGCUUUACUGACUGUAGAUCAGAGGCGAUGGGAAGAUCUGAAAAGCAGACUGAAGAUAGCACAGCCUCUUCAUCUCCCACCUCGUCCGGAUAACGAUGGCUUUAGAGCUAAGAUGUAUGAUAUCACUCAGCAUCCAUUUUUUAAGAGAACUAUUGCUGUACUCGUUCUGGCCCAGUCUGUGUUGUUAUCAGUUAAGUGGGAUGCUGCAGAUCCGGUGACUGUGCCUUUAGCAACAAUGUCUGUUGUUUUCACCUUCAUUUUUGUCCUUGAGGUCACGAUGAAGAUUAUUGCCAUGUCACCUUCUGGCUUCUGGCAAAGCAGAAGAAAUCGGUACGAUCUCUUGGUGACAUCUCUUGGAGUUAUAUGGGUGAUACUUCAUUUUGCCUUACUGAAUGCGUACACAUACAUGAUGGGGGCAUGCGUAAUUGUCUUCAGGUUUUUCUCAAUUUGUGGGAAGCACGUGACACUAAAAAUGCUACUCCUGACUGUGGUUGUCAGCAUGUACAAGAGUUUCUUCAUCAUAGUGGGAAUGUUCUUACUGCUUCUUUGUUAUGCUUUUGCUGGAGUGGUUUUAUUUGGUACAGUGAAAUAUGGAGAGAACAUUAACAGACAUGCAAAUUUUUCAUCAGCUGGCAAGGCUAUUACUGUACUCUUCAGAAUAGUUACUGGAGAAGACUGGAACAAAAUUAUGCAUGACUGCAUGGUUCAGCCUCCCUUUUGUACACCAGAUAACAGCACCUACUGGAAAACAGACUGUGGGAAUUAUGCUGGUGCUCUUAUGUAUUUCUGUUCAUUUUAUGUCAUCAUUGCAUACAUCAUGCUAAAUUUGCUUGUUGCUAUCAUUGUGGAGAACUUCUCAUUGUUUUACUCAACCGAAGAAGACCAACUUUUAAGUUACAAUGAUCUUAGGCAUUUUCAAAUUAUAUGGAACAUGGUUGAUGACAAAAGAGAGGGAGUAAUCCCUACCUUCCGUGUGAAAUUUCUGCUGAGGCUUCUGCGGGGCAGGCUGGAGGUGGAUCUUGACAAGGACAAGCUGCUGUUCAAGCACAUGUGCUACGAAAUGGAACGGCUCCAUAAUGGUGGCGAUGUCACUUUUCAUGAUGUGCUCAGCAUGCUUUCAUAUAGAUCUGUCGAUAUCAGAAAAAGUCUUCAACUGGAAGAGCUGCUUGCUAGGGAACAACUGGAAUAUACCAUAGAAGAGGAGGUGGCCAAACAGACCAUACGCAUGUGGCUGAAGAAGUGCUUAAAGCGAAUCAGAGCAAAACAACAGCAGUCAUGCAGCAUUAUCCAUAGUCUACGAGAGAGUCAACAGCAGGAGUUGAGCCGAUUCCUGAAUCCUCCCAGCAUUGAGACAACACAGCCAAGUGAAGAAAUGAAUGCUAUUAAUCAGGAUAACAGUGCACAGCCAGAGACAAGCAGCCAGCAGCAGCUCCUUAGCCCAACGCUUUCUGACAGAGGUGGCUAUCGACAAGACUCUGCAGAUGCUGGGAAACCUCAGCGGAAAUUUGGACAAUGGCGUUUGCCAUCAGCCCCCAAACCAAUAAGCCAUUCAGUGUCUUCAGUCAACCUCCGCUUUGGUGGACGUUCAACUAUGAAAUCUGUUGUAUGCAAAAUGAAUCCCAUGUCUGAUGCUGCUUCUUGUGGAUCAGAAGUCAAGAAAUGGUGGACAAGACAAUUAACUGUGGAGAGUGAUGAGAGUGGAGAGGACCUUCUUGAUAUCUGA